UUUUUGGCCAAUAUAUUAUAACGAUUAUUUUUAAAAAAUAUUAAAAAAUAUUAAAAUGUUAAGAAUUAGACAAAAAAACGGAGUGGUUAAGGAGGAAAAUACAUUAUCAAAGAGACAAUUACCUAUUAAGUUUACAGAAACUAAUAUUUCAGAAACGAAGAAAAAACAAGAUAAACGGACAAUUGAAAAUAAUAUACAAGAAACACAAGAGAACUUGAAUUCCUUAGUUUCAAAACUUGAAAAAGAAAAUGGAAGUUAUAAGGAGAACCCUAAAUCUGUGUCAUCUCGACUCUUAAAAAGUCGACCACCUCUUCAGUAUUUCCGAGCUCUUAUAAGUAUGCGUAUAAAAGAUCCAAUAAUAUCAUCAUUUCCAACGAACGAUAUCAUCUUUGUAGAUAAUAUUAGUGAUCUAGAUUUUUGGAUAACACUUAUUGCUGAUUAUAGCGCGACUGCUGUUCAAAUGCCAGAUUUUUUGACAAAAAAGAUACGUGAAGGCAUACCACAUCCUCUUCGAGGUCUUGUAUGGCAAAGUAUGUCUGGUGCACAAAAUACACAUUUGGAAAAACUUUUUGAAACUCUUUGUCAUGAAGAAAGUCCAUAUGAUAGAAUAAUUAAAUGUGAUAUUGCAAGAACGUUCCCAUGUGUCGAAAUGUUUAAAGAAGGUGGUGAUGGUCAAAAAAAACUUCAUUUAGUUUUACGUGCAUUUAGUUUAUACGAUAUAGAGGUUGGAUAUUGUCAGGGUUUGGGUUUCAUCGUUGCUCCUCUUUUAAUGAAUAUGUUUGAACAUCAGGCUUUUUGUGUUCUUGUUAGACUCAUGGAAUGUUAUGAUAUGAGAACCAUUUUUACUAUUAAUUUAUCAGGACUUCAUUUACGACUCUUUCAAUUUGAACAUUUUCUUUCUCUUUGUAUACCGUCUGUUGCAAAAUACUUCAAUUCUAUAGGGAUAUAUCCUUUUAUGUAUGCUAGUCAGUGGUUUCUUAGCAUGUUUGCUGUUACAUGUCCACUUCCAACGUUACAUAGAAUUUAUGAUGUAAUUUUUGGUGAAGGUGCACUUGAAACUAUCAUAAGGAUUGCCAUUGCAUUAAUUAUGAAGAACGAGACACGCAUUUUAAAUAUCGAUUUUGAAGAAAAUUUACAAUUCCUUCUUAGUCCAGAAUUAUGGGCAGCGUAUAAUAAUAAUGACAACGAAUUAAUAUCGGAUGCUGUCGGACUUGAUAAUAUAAUUACACAGAAUUCCUUGGCAGAAUUAGAACAAAAAUUUAAUCAAAAUAACACUAAAAACCAUAAAAAUUCUACGAAACCUAUUUCUAAUGAAAUUCAAAGAACAGAUAUUAAAUUUCCCGAGAAAAUAUGGGACAAGACUGAGGCCUCUUUACCAGUUUUUCUAGACUCCUCAACUAAUCGCGAUUCGUUUUAUAAAUGUAAUAAUACACAGAAAAGUCUAUUAGAAUCAAAUGACACCGCAUCAUCUAUAUACCUAGAAUUACCAAAAUUCGACAAGGCAACAGAUCUGUCAUUACCAGUAACUUUAUGUAAAAAACUAUCAUUUAAAAAGGAAUUAGCAUCUAAUAAUUUAUUUGAACGUGAUAAUAAAGAACUUCAUUGUCAGAUAGAGGAUCUUGUUAUGGCUUUAAAUUCUUUGCAAAAAGAACAUGCUUAUACAAAAGAGCAAUUAGAGACAUUAACAAGAGUUUCUUUGAAAUACAAAAAUAUUGCUUUAAAAUUAAUCAAGAUUAUCAACAAUUCAAAUUUUUCUGAUGGAGAAACAUCUAAACUUAAAAAAUCGAACAAGGAAAAUACAGAUGAAAAAUCUCAUACUUCUGUUUUAAAUGGUUUUAUUUCUUCUGAUGAAAAUGGCGAAAAUGAAAUAUAUAACAAAAACGAGGUUAUUCAGGAAUUAGUUAAACAAUUAUACGAUUCUUCCAUUCCCCCUAACCCUCUCUCAGAAGAACUUUUAUCUUUGCAAGAAAAAUUAUCUCAUGAACAAUCAAAAGUAAAAGACUUAGAAAAACAAAUUAAUUUAAAAAACUUGGAAAUAAUGGAUAUAAAAAAUGAGAUUUGUGAUAUCUACAUGCAUCGAAAUCAAGCAUCGAAACAAAAUUUGAAAAAUCACAAGGCUAAUUCUGAAAUCAAACAUAAAAAGCCAAUUUAUUUUAGAUAAUAUACAAAGAUUUUUCAAGUUCUUAUACUGGUUCCAAUAAAGGUU